UCAUGUAUUUAACCCUUCAGAGCCUGGGGUUAAUUCUCUCUCUCUAUUCAGGUCAACACAACUCAUACAUUAAUUACACAACAAAUGGUUAUUAAUAUUGUAAUGUCUGUAUAUCUUAUAUAGACAUAAAAUAUAAUGAGGCGAAACGAGAGUGGUGUCUUUCAAUGUGUUUACUUCUGAACUGCCAGACCAGACUGCCAAACAUGGGGUAACAGGCAUCCCAUAAUACCUUGCGCAGUCUGAUCCAGUUCUUCUCUAAGAUGAGGAAGUGGGCCGACAUGUCCAACCUCUCGCAGGACUUCAGGCUACAAAUGGAUGGCUGGAGCGAAACUUUGAGGUCUCCACCGUGAUCUUCCGCAAGUUUGAUGUCUUGAUUUAGUAAUGAGUCGUGGCCCCUCCAGUCAGGAAGCAGCAGCGGAGAGCUCUCUGGAUCAGGAGAGGCCCAGGCCGAGGCCCUGUGGUGGGGACACCACCUGCAGGUGGCGCUGGUCAACACGGUGGCCUUCAGGGGCAUCUGGCAGAAGCAGUUUCUGUUCACCAACUCCCAGAACCUGCCCUUCAUCCUGUCUGAUGGGACUCCCAUCAAGGUGCCCAUGAAGUACCAGGCUGCAGAGGUCAGCUUUGGUCAGCUCAGGACGGGAUCGGAUCAGCGCUACACGGUUCUGGAGCUGCCGUUCCUGGGCCGCUCCCUGAGCCUGCAGGUGGUUCUACCCAGCGAGAGGAAGACGCUACAGUCCUCCCUGGAGGCUCAGCUCACACAGCGCCACCUAGCGUCCUGGGACACCGGCCUGCGCAGAACCAGGAUGGACAUCUUCCUCCCAAGAUUCAGAAUGCAGAACAAGUUCAACCUGAGGUCGGUGCUCCCCGCUAUGGGCAUCAGUGACGCCUUCAACCCCACAGCAGCCGACUUCACCGGGAUCUCAGGUCAGUCCAUCAGUUCAUAAACAUCCAGGAUGUCCUUCAGGUUUAAUCCCAGGUUCUUCAGGUAUCUGACAGUUUGUUCCUUCUGAAGUGGAGGAGGGUCUCUAUGUGUCUGAUGCCUUCCAUGAAGUCAGGAUAGAAGUCACGGAGGACGGGACCAAAGCAGCUGCUGCUACUGGUGAUAAUAUGAUAGAUAUUAAUAUAACAAAUAGAUAUUAAUCCUACUGUUGUCCUCAUUUACGGGCACCAAAAAAUAUUGUUUCCUUGUCUGAAA